AGCCCCCGCUCACCCCGCCUCCCCGUGCAUCUCUCCCAGACCACGCCGCGACCUCAUACUACAACUGUCACCGUGUUACCCCUUCCCAAAAAUGUCGAAAAGAAAGGCAGAAAACAGAACUUUUCUGGACAGCCGCGGUAAGUUCUUGGUUCAUGGUGGCACCAGUUCUGUAAAGUUUGAGUCUGGCGGGACAACUUGGAAGAGUUCUGAAUGAAUAACCUGGAGGAGCCAUUACUCAAGCUGCUGCACCUCGCCCUACUCUCCACCUUCUGGGGCCUGCAGAUCUGGUACACCUUCUUUACUUCCCUUGUGAUGGGCUAUGUUCUGAACAGACACACGUAUGGAUACGUCCAGAGUCGACUAUUGCCUUUCUACCACCGCAUUGGCUCUGCCUGUGCCUUCUUCAGUCUUAUCAUAUUUGAAAUGUACCAUCCUCACAACCCGACAUGUGACAAGGAUACCUACCAGAUCUUCUUUUUAUUUGCUUGUGUGAUGGCAGCCACUCUUAAUUUCCACUACUUUGGUGCAAUGACCUGGGAAAUCAUGGCAGAUAUGCACCGCAUUGAACAAUGCUGGGGCAUCGACAAGAACAUCUUUCUCUCAUCCAGCAGUGAGGCCUAUGACAAGUUGUCCCAAUCAAAUCCUGAGUACAAGAGGCUGAGCUGCCAGCUGAGGUUCUAUCAAUGGCUGUCCUCCCUCUGUAACCUCUGCUGCAUCAUCUGCAAUAGCUGCAGCAUAUGUUACCUGACACAGAAUAUCUGCCCACUGUGGCUGUAG